UAAGUGCCAACACAAAUUUGGCACAAAUUUCACAUUAGAAGGUGUCAUACAACAGAAUGGCAGGAAAAGAUUCCACGUUACUUGAUAUUGAUCAGGAUCCAGCUGAUCAGUUAGAGUUUCAAGAUAUUCCCCAUAUUCAUGGUUCUGAAAAGGGUCCACGUGAUGAAGAUGGUCAGACACACACAUUUACCACUUUCCCUGCAGCAGCUGAUGAUUCUGAGGAUGAAGUGGAGGGCAAACCACAGCUGUUGACAGACAAAAAACAACCAUCGUUUUGGACAUUUGAGUACUACCAGACCCUGUUUGAUGUUGACACCAUUCAAGUAGUAAUCAGGAUUCUGAACUCUGUGGUGCCCAGGCCUAAAUCUAACUAUCUCCAGUCCUAUAUUAGACCAAACCCAGACUUGUAUGGUCCCUUUUGGAUAUGUGCAACAUUAAUUUUCACCACAGCAAUCACUGGAAACCUGGCAAACUAUUUUCACACAGAAGGGAGAGAUUACGAAUGGAAAUAUGAUUUUCACAAAGUGACAUUCUCAGCUACAGCAAUCUUCAGCUAUUGGCUCCUGGUCCCCUUAGCGCUGUGGGGGUUCUUGUGGUGGAGGCGUAGCUCAGCUGGAUAUAGCUUCUUAGAGAUACUCUGUGUAUAUGGGUAUUCUCUGGCCAUAUAUGUCCCAGUGUCAAUCCUGUGGGUGAUUAAUAUCAGUUGGCUUCAAUAUUUAUUGGUGAUUCUAUCCAUGGUGCUAUCUGGGACAGUCCUUGUAAUUGUGUUUUGGCCAGCGGUGAAGGAAGAUGAUAAAAAAGUUGCUCUUGGUACUCUACUUGUCAUAUUUCUCCUGCAUGGCUUGUUAGCUGUAGGAUUUAUGCUUUAUUUCUUCCGGUUUGCAAGUGAGUCCGGUUCAUCAUCAAAUGUGACAACACCAGCAGCAGUGACAUCUAUGGUUAAUUUACAAGCUAACCCUGAAGCUCAAACCAAAGUGACACAAGUUCUAACAACAGCUGCAAAGCAACUCAUGAACUCUUCAAAAACGUGAUCUGAUUUUUCAUAACCUUUCAGACCAAUUACCUUUAAUAGUAGUGGUAUAAUCAGUGGUAUAAUCAAGUAUAAUCAGAACUUUUCAUUAAGUCAGACCUCUACAAUAUGCAUAAGAACAAGCUAUUUCUUCUCAGACGAAAUGUUCAUUAUGCUUGAAUGGACAGUUCUUUUCUCUCCUUGAUGAGAGGGUGUUUACGUCUACUUGGGUUUUAAUGUGCUUGUACAAACUGAACUGGCAUUUUCUGUUGUUUUCCCUGGUGGAAUAGUUAUAUCUCUCAAGAUUGUAAACGGUGUUUUCUUCACUUGCAGACAGGCAGCUACACCAGGUUUUUUUGUGCAUUCCCCAUUUGGUAAAUGUUUUCAUGGUACUUCCAUAGCAUGUGUAAGUUAUUCUAAGUUAUGGAAUCCAGACAGUCUGGUCUCUCACUAAUAUUUAUAGGUUAUUUC